GGGUGUCAGUUUCGGAAUCCCAGUGCGUUUUCCUCCGCACUGUGAGAUCUGAGCCUAGCUUCCAGCUAAAAGCUUUUCUCUCGGCUAGCUGGGAGUUGCUGCCGUCUGGGCACUCCCGCCUGGCUCUGCAGCACUCCACAUCUCCCCCAGCCCGAGGCCCUUAGUGCAUUUCCUCUGUGGCUCUGUUCCGAGAGACUUUCUGUUUGUUUCCUCCUCUUUCCUCUUUGUUGCUCUGAAAACCGGACUUACUGCAGCCCCCCACUCCGGAGGGAGUUGGACUUUUCGAGAAAGGCGGCUGCCGCACACUGCGCCGGCCGCUCCUGCGAACCCGCUAGCCGCUGCGCCCUCCCCGCCUACCCUCCCCGCCGCCUGCGUUCUUUCGCCCGAGGAGACCCGCCCAGACUUCAUUGAUGCACCCAUUCCAGUGGUGUAACGGGUGUUUUUGUGGCCUGGGACUGGUUAGCACCAACAAGUCCUGCUCAAUGCCACCCAUCAGUUUCCAAGACCUUCCUCUCAACAUUUAUAUGGUCAUCUUUGGCACUGGCAUCUUUGUCUUCAUGCUCAGCCUCAUCUUCUGCUGCUAUUUUAUCAGCAAACUCCGGAACCAGGCACAGAGUGAACGAUAUGGCUAUAAGGAGGUGGUGCUUAAAGGUGAUGCCAAAAAGUUGCAGCUCUAUGGGCAGACCUGUGCAGUCUGUCUGGAAGACUUCAAGGGAAAGGACGAGUUGGGUGUGCUCCCAUGCCAACAUGCCUUUCACCGCAAGUGCCUAGUGAAAUGGCUGGAAGUGCGCUGUGUCUGCCCCAUGUGCAACAAGCCCAUCGCUGGCCCCACAGAGGCCACUCAGAGCAUCGGGAUCCUAUUAGAUGAACUGGUGUGAGGGCUGCCUCUACACCAAGACCUGGAGAAGAUUUCUUGCCACGUGGGCACCUGGUCCCUCUUGCACAGCUACUAUGAACAAAUUUUGGAUGGUGAUGGUCAUGCUCACCCAAGGGGGAGGAUGACACAGGGCUGGCCUUCCACCAGCAGGGCGAGACUGGUGCCAGCCUCGCCCUACCUUUCUGCCUCCCGAAACCUCCUUCCCUAUUACUCAGUACUGAUGAACUCAACCAGCCAGACCUCUAUAUCCUGGCUCUGGACUAUCUUGUCCAUGCUCUGGGAAGAAAUCCAUCUUUAUCUGGCUGUGAACAUGGAGCACCCUAUUUCAAGGUUUUCCAUGGAAGGCAAGCUUCCCUGACCUAGAAGCAAUGAGCUGACUCUGUCACACUUCUAACAUCUCAUCCCCACUCCUCACAGGAGGUUAGAAGGGAAGGAAGGAGAGAUCAAGGAACCAUGCACUUCCACUGGAGGUGAGGGAGGCUCUGCAUGAAAUAGGGAAGAGCAGGGACCUAUAAAAGGAAAAAGUCAAUGUUUACAUGGAACCUAUUGAAAUAAAGGCUGGCCGUCUGGCUGGCUGUCUACAGGGUGAUGGGGGCUGAUCCCUUCCCCUGCUAGGAUCUGAGGUGCUAUCUAUCCAUUCUCUCCCUCUUCCUCAAUCUCAGAGCUUCCUAUUCCAUGUUGGGGUGAGAGCCCCUCUUGAGGAAGGGUUUUUCCUACACACAGCCUGAUUCCCAGGGGCUUUUUCUAAAGGAGCAAAAGGGGUCUGGAGACGGGUGUCUGGAGGUUCCAGCAGCAAGAUACCUGCUUCUGCUUUGUAAAUAGUAUUUUUAUACUUCAUCCUCACCAUCUCAGGCUUUACAUGUGGGAUCCCCAGAAUUCUGGGUUGGGAAAGGCUUCUGUCCCUCCCCAGAGUGGGCUUGGGUGGGAAAAAGUUAUGUAUUUAAAGAAAAUUAAAUUUAAUAACAAGUUUCUCUAAUCGA